AUGGCAGCACCCUUGACCAACUAUGUCGCCUUUGUGCACCCUGGCCUCAAAGUCCCGCGCAUCAGCCACCUCAAUUGGAACGAUACCACUAUCCAACCUCUCUCCUUUGCCUCUGGCACGCCGCUAGACAACCUCUACCAGGUUAUCCAAGCAGGAUACGAGAAUAUCAAACCGACCGGUCAUCCUAUCCCCCUCGACUCUGUCCAAAUCCUCCCUCCGAUCAGUGGCCGGGAUAUUCUAGCAGUCGGAAAGAACUAUGCAGAGCAUGCGGUCGAGUUCAACAAGUCCGGAUAUGACAGCUCCGAUAAAGUUGACCAACCGACACAUCCCGUCUUGUUUACCAAGCGUGCGACUUCUAUCGUGGGUCAUGGACAUCCCAUUGCCCUCCAUCGGGGGUUUACGCAGACGUUAGAUUAUGAGGGAGAGCUGGGCGUGAUUAUUGGGAAGACUGGCUUCGAUGUUGGAAAAGAAGACGCCAUGGCGUACGUCUGGGGGUAUACUAUUAUCAACGAUGUGACUGCCAGGGAGCGGCAACGGGAUCAUAAGCAGUUCUUCAUUGGCAAGUCCGGUGACACUUAUUGCCCACUGGGACCGGUUGCCGUACCUUCAAGGGAUCUCCCAGAUGUCCUCACUAUCCAGACCUUUGUCAAUGGUCAAGAGAGACAGAACGCAACUACCAACGAUUUGAUCUUCUCUGUCCCGACUCUGAUCGAAACUGUCUCACGCGGCACCACGAUCCAGCCAGGGGAUGUUAUUGCUACCGGAACUCCAGCGGGAGUCGGUUUUGGACAAAACCCCCCCGUGUUCCUUAAUCCCGGAGAUGAAGUCACGGUGUCCAUCUCCGGUCUGGGCCAACUCAACAACAAGAUCAUAGAAGGAGAUCGGCUUACAUCGUUGGCAACCGCUCCCACUAAUCUGGAACUUUCAUCGACGAACGCCUCCAGAACCGUAACUGGUGACUGUCUGACUCAUAUCAACGGCAAGCGACUCUACUACAAGAAGCAGGGCUCCGGCAGCAGCCCAAUUAUGUUUGUGCACGGCUUGGGAGGCUCCUCUGAACUCUAUACGCCGUUAAUAAACUCCUUGGAUCUCGACAAGUCGCACGAGAUACACCUUGUUGAUUUGGAAGGACAUGGACUAUCCCCGACAUCACCAUUGUCCGUCAUCAGCAUUGAAUCCCUUGCCAAUGAUCUAGCUGGCAUUUUUGAUGUCGCUGGCCUCUCAUCGACGUCUGGCACAACGGUGGUUGCCCACUCAAUGGGCUGUCUCGUGGCACUGCAAUUCGCCAUCAAAUAUCCAGACCUAGUCCACAAACUCAUUCUCCUCGGUCCAGCACCCAGCCCCUUACCUGAGCCCGCUAUCAGCGCAUUCAACGACCGUGCGGAGCUAGUUCGUGAAAAAGGCAUGCUUGCAGUAGUCGAUGCGGUUUGUGCUUCCGGGUCCUCUACCAGAACUAAAGCGUCUGGCGUUGGACUCACGGCCAUUCGACUGUCGCUGCUCGCGACGGAGCCUGAAUCAUACGCGAAGGCGUGUAUAGCCUUGACCGGGAGCAAGUUACUACCUGUUGAAUCUAUUAAGUGUGAGACUUUGAUAAUCACUGGUGAGGAGGACAAGGUUAGUCCUCCGGCUUUGUGUACAUCUUAUUCGCAGAGAAUUUCUCAGAGCUUGCCGCCGGUUGUGCUCAAGGACGUCGGGCAUUGGCAUGUAUUUGAAGAUGUGGAGGGGGUUGCUGGUGAAGUGCAAAGUUUCUUGUAG